GCCCCUCCCAUGUUUGUGUGUUGGAAAAAUAAAAUGCAGUCAUAAACCACACACUCACUCCGUCCACUCUGAUCUGCCUGGAGAAAGGCCCUCUCCAAGCACGCUGUGCUCUCGCUUUGCCCCCUUCCCAGCUCCACUUCUGACCUACAGGUUGCUGUCGGUCUUGCCGUAGAGGCGUCGUUGCCGACAAUAAAGCCGAAGAUAUGGUUGCCAUGAAGCGGGAAACGAGAACCAGACGGAUGCUCUCCAGUCGUUGUUCUGCAAGUGCGUGUGUGCAUAUAUAUGUGCGUGUGUUUGUGUGUGUUCGUCUCAGGACUGGUUGUCGUCCGCGGCUCUGUCACCAGCAGCAACCCCGUUCCUCUCGCUCUCUCUUUCUUUAUUUCAAGCCCCCCCGCGCCAUCGCAUCCUCAUCUCUCUUCCUCUCUCUCCCCACCCUGCCCGUUGUCAACAUCUCAACGAACAACAACUUCGACACCAAGCGACCAGCCAGCCAGUGCUUGUAUACGCGUGUGUGUGCCCGUCAGGAUCCUCUGAAAUCAAAUCAGUCGGCCGCCUUCAUUCGGCCGCCUUCAUUCGUCCGCUUACUCGGCACCAACUAUUUCCCAGUCGGCUUGGCGAAUCCGUCAGGAAAACAUAACAGGACUCUACCAUGCCGCUCUUAAAGCGCAAGGCGAUCAAACUGGUGCCUCCACCCAGCAUCGAUGACUUUGAGGAGAACACUCCCGUCUACAUGAUGCGAUUCACCAACGAGAUCUUUACCAACUAUGAGUAUGUCUGCCUUACACCUGCUUCGGCGUGC